AAGAGGCUAGGAGACACCUGGAAGUUUGUAAAUGACGGUUCAACAACUAGCCUUAGCUUAUUUCAUAAUUAUUCGUACUCCAAUUUGAUUUCACCGCCUAUUACCUACUACUCCCAUUGGCCAUUGCAUGUCCUCCCUCCUAAUUGUGAUUUGCACCUCCACAUUAAGAGCAAAUAUAAAAACUAUUGGAAGCUGUUAGCAUUCUAAACCAAUUAGGAAGCAAGCCCUUUUUAUACAUUAUGGGAUCCCCAUCUUGCUAUCAUUUGCUUGAAAAGCUUGGGUUACGCAAGAUGAUGAAGACAACGCCAUCCAAGGGUUUUGUGAUCCGAAUCAAUGUUAUCUUGUUUGCUUUUUUUCUCGUUGCAUAUUGCACUCUCUUCCUCCGGCCAUUCCCGUCAGCAUAUCAAGAAAAAGUUGCGACGUCAGUCCUCAUACGGUGCUCCUUACGCGAAUGUCAUCAUAAGGCAGAAGAUGGCGUAAAAAUGAAGGCAGUCUUAGAAGAGCAAGGAGUUGUAAGUCCUACAAAGCAUACUCAAGUAAGAAGAGAAAAGCCAAAAUUCUUAAAAGAGAUGGGAAUAAGAGGAAUGAAAAUUGCCGCUGUAAACAUGGAGGACGAAGAUCUCAGUGAAUGGGAAGUAAAUGGAGAUACAAUUACACGAGUUUCAUUCGAAAAGGUCUCGGAGCUUUUCGAGUGGAAGUACCUCUUCCCAGAGUGGAUCGACGAGGAACAAGAGAACGAAGGCUAUGUAUGUCCUGAAAUUCCAAUGCCUACGUUCGAGGAGCAUGGAAAUCUCGAUAUCGUGGUGGCGAACUUACCUUGUAACUUCCCGGAGAAAGGGUGGGCGAGGGACAUAUUUAGACUACAAAUUCAUCUCAUAGUAGCAAAUAUGGCGGUAAAAAAAGGAAGGAGAGAUUGGUAUGGAAGGACAAAAAUAAUGUUGUUGAGUAAAUGUAGGCCAAUGUUGGAUAUGUUUAGGUGUGAUGAUUUGGUAAGGAGAGAAGGAGAUUGGUGGUAUUAUGAACCAGAUAUGGUGAAACUUCAACAGAAAGUUACCUUGCCUAUGGGUUCAUGCAGGUUGGCUUUGCCCUUGUGGGGACAAGAUUCAGCCAGGAGCAAACUAAGGAAGUCUUGGAUUGGAGACAUGAGCUCGUCCAGAUUUGCGGAUACUCUAUGGAAGGAGUACAGUAAGUCAGGUGCCGAAAAGAGGGCCGACACUCUGAAAAAUGCCCCAACUUCUAAAGCUUUGGCCGAGAAAGCCGCCGCAAAGAAACGGCCGGCCGGCACCAGUGAGGCUCCUCCCUCAAAAAAGGCCAAGGGCUUUACUGCUAAGAAGAGGAAGACCACACGGCCGGUUCCCAAGGUCGUCAUCGAGCUACCGGCCAAGGAGGAGGCCAAAGAAGAGCCGGCUGAAGCCGACUCCCGGGCCCUCGUGGCCUAUACUGGUCCGGCUGAGCAGCCCACACCUUCACAACCUGACGAGGUUGUCAUAUUGGAGGAUGCUGGACAAUCUUCUCAGCCGGACACGGCUGUGGACGGUUCCGCCUUUUCUGGGCCUGUGGCCCAACUCGUAGGCCAGAUGCCGGCUGCGUAUAGGACGGCUUCCCGUUCCUCUGGUGAGUCUUACUAUUCCAACGUAGUUAGAACACUACGGGUUGGCGGGCGUCCGAUGAGUCCGUCCAACAAACAGACCGUGGUUAUUCCCAUCAGGUGUACUGACGAGUCUAACCUUUCAGAUAAAGGGAAGGGUCCAGCUGUUGACGGCUCCCCUAGCCUCUCUGACGAUGAAUCUUCUCCAGCUUUUGGAAAGAUGUCUUCGUCCGAUCGUGAGAAGCUCAAGACGGAGCUGUUUAAGUGCUUUCCCGAACCUUAUAUCAAGGGGUUAAGGGGAGCAUCGUCUGGGCAUGUAGGUUACAUGUCUCAGCUUGCUGCCGAGGUACGUCUUUCUUUUUCUAGACGCUUAUGUUUUAUACUUGACAUUUUUUUUUCUUUUUUCAUCCGUCCUGACAUGCCUUAUCCUUUCAUGUGUUCAGCUUUUUGCUCGCAGCAUGAUAACAGAGGACUGGGCAAAGGAGCUCAGAAAAGAAAAUAAGAAGCUCGUCCACGAUGUGACGGCGGCUGCUGAUCAUGCCCAGUUUGCUAUGGCCCAGCAAGAGGUGCUGCAUCAGCAGACCAAGGUUGCAUUGGAAAAACGGUCUGCCGAGCUAGAGUCUCAGAUCAAAGUCUACCUUCUUC